GCUGGAGCUGCUGGGAUCUCUCCAGGCUGGGAGCAGAAGGUGGUGCUGCGGCACCCACUCUGUGUCACAGCUCCCCAUAGCUGUGGGCCCCUUCCCUUGGGUUUUGGCUUUGCCAUGCAGAGAACAACCCCUCAUGGCCCCAGUGGUUGUUGGUGACGUUGCCAUCACCUGAAGUCCUCCCCAGCUCUCACACAGCUCCCAAGGUGACUCACGGCUGUGGAUGCUGUGAUGACCCAAAGCUGCUGCUGGGCUCUGAGAAGGCAGCUGGGACCGAUCCCUUCAUCCCAGCAUCGCUGUGGCUGCUCCCUUGCUGGUGCCACCUCCUGGGUUCCCCUGGGCACCAGUGCACCCUCCAUGGGAGACGUGGGACGGGUGGUGGCAGGAGGAGGUGCUCACCCAGUGGGUGCUGGGCUUGCAGCCGUUGCUCGCUCUGGUCGAGGCUCUGUCUGUGCUGCUCUUCCUAUUGCCAAACCCAGGGGCCCUUUACAGCAGACAAAAUGCAUUUCCAGCUCAAUCCCACUCCACCAUCUCCCACCAAGGUCUCCAGCAAGCAGGAGCUGCCCAAGGGUCAGCAACCAUCAGUUUCCCUGAGCUGGGGCUCAUGGCCGAGCAUCAGGCAGGCACCAAGAGCCGGCGCUUGGGCUCCAGCCGGCGCAAGGGCUUUGGUGAGGCACCAGCAGCAGCCUCCAGCCCCGGCAAGGAGCCACCGUGGGCAGCUGAAAUGGUGCAGAGGGUGCAGGAGCUGCUCAGGGAGCAGGACAAGGAGCAGGAGGGGCUCAUCACCCGCUCGGACAUACAGAAACUGCGUGAGGAAGAUCUCCCAUGCAGCAGGGAGGAGCUGGAGCUCGUCUUCAAUGGGCUGGAUGCUGCCAGCACCGGGCGGUUGAAAACUGAGGAAUUCACUUUUGGACUCUGGCAGUUCCUGGCCUCCCAGAAAGCUGCCAGGGACCAUCGCCGGCGGAAAACAGCAUCCCGGAGGGUCCCCUUGGUCCUUCCCAGUCCGGCGCUGGAGGUGGACAGUGAGGAGCAGAGGCAGUUCUCUGCCUUUAUGGAGCAGUUGGGCACGGACAACAGCUCUGAGGAGCACAAAGCAGUGGCAGAGCAGCCCAGUGAGACACCCUCAUCCCCACAGAUGAGUCCGGAGCAGAGCAAGAAGCACCACUCUGAGAUGCAGACCAGGCCGGGGUCCCAGAGCAGUGAGCCCAAAGCCAAGAGCACCCACCAAGUGGUUUGGGAAGUGCUGCCUGCAGAAAUAAGCAUUUUGGGAUCCCCGCAGGGAGCGAGCUCUGUGGAAGAGGAUCCUGUCCCAGGAUCUCUGAAAGAGGAACGCUUCUCUUUGCUAAGAGACAUGGAUGAUGCAACAGCAGCUCUGAGCAAACAGCUGAAGCCACAGGCACCAGGUGCACCCCCUGCCCCAGCAAACACUGCCCAUCAGCCCCAGGAUGAUGCUGAGCCCCAAAUGGGCCUGGAGGAAGCCACAGCACAUGGAACAACUCCAAGGGUGAAACAAGAGACCCUCUCUGGUCAUGUUGGUCACAAGCUGUUUGAAGGAGACAUGGAAGAAGGACCAGGCACAACUCCAGAUGUGCCACAGGCUGGUGCGUCCAUGGGAGCUGGGCACCACAGGGCUCAGGAGCAGGGAGAGGAGGAACAAAGGAUGUUAUUCCCGCAAGGAAAGGGUGGUGGUGUGAAGGAGGCAGAGCAUCUCCAGGGAGCACUGGGAGAGAACACAGAGGCAGGAGAGCAGGUGCAGGUGCAGGUGGAGGGAGCAGGAUGGAUGCAGGAAAACAGAAACUGGGAAGAGGCACAGCUACUGGGAGAAGCUGAGGAAGUGGCAUUAAGCCAGGGAGAAAAGCCGGAGGCAGGUCUGGGCUCACCAGGGGCUGGGCAGGCAGGUCUGCUUGUGCAACAGUGCCUGGGCAUGGGGGAGCUUCCCCCAGCUGCAGCUCAGUCCCUGCGCACGGGGCUGGGGGAAGAGGCUCAGCCAUCAAUGGGGCUCUCCAAGGAAGUGGCAAUGAAACCAGGAGAGCUCCUGGAGCCAGAGCCAGCACCCCAUGCAGCCAUGCAGCUUGUGGAAGAGAAUGAGAAUGGGGAAGAAGGGCAGGGUGAACACAGGCUGCAACAGGAGUCUGUGCUUGAUCUACAGGGAGCAGGAUGUGGGCAGAGAGAGGGGCCUGCUGCAGGUGUGCAGUCACAAGAGGAUGCUGAAAGCCUGGACAGGCUGGAGGACCAGAACAUUGGUGCAAACAUGCAGGCACUUGCAGUGGUGGAGAAACCCAAAGUGACCCCAGGAGGGAGCACAGAGGCAGAUCUGCAGCUCCUGAGUGUGGUCAGCUCCCUGGAUACAGAGCAGGGAGGGAGCGUGGCUCCAGAUGUGCAAACCCUGGAUCAGGUUGAGAAAGCAGAGUUACUGGUAAUGGAGAUAGAAGACUGGGCAGACAUGGAGCUGCAUGGGGGUCCCAGCCCAGAAACAGCCCAGGGAGGGGGGGACCAUGCAGCCAUGCAGCUUGUGGAAGAGAAUGGGAAUGGGGAAAAAGGGCAGGGUGGACACGGGCUGCAACAGGAGUUUGAUCUGCAGGGAGCAGGAUUUGGACAGGGAGAAGGGGCUGCUGCGUGUGUGCAGGCACAGGACAAGGCUGUAAUCCUGCAUGGGCUGGAGGUCCAGAGCACUGAUAGGAGUGUGCAGCCACUGACAGGGCCAGAGGAACUCAGAUCAGGCUCAGGAGGGAGCCCAGAGGCAGAUGUGGGUGCCUCUGGGAUGCAGGGAGGGGAGCAGAGGCACACUCCAGGCUCAGAUGUAGCUCACACCACAGAAGGGUGCAGAGAAGCUGCUGGUGCUCAUGUGUCCCCCCCAGCUGAGGCCAUUUCAUAUCCUGAGCGUGCCGCUGCUCCCAAGGCUCCUGGUGUGGAAGCACAGCAGGGAGCACUCACUGGUCCUGAUGGGCAGAUCCUCCAGGAUAACCAGACGCUGGGAUUCCCACAGGGAGAGAGGGCUGCUCCUCUGGAUGGAGCUCAACGUCUGGAAGUGGGGCAGGCAGAGAGGCUGAAGGCAGGGGUGAGGAGUUCAGUGGAAACUCAGGCUCUAGGGAUAAAGCAGGGCCUUGAUGAUGGUGCAUCUGCACCAGCCUUCCCAGUCUCUGAGGUGCCGUUACAGAUCAGCACACUAAAGCUGGAAGCAGUGAUGCAGGAGGAUGUUCUCAUUCCAGAUGUGUGGCCGUUGGGUGCUUCAGGACAGGCAGCCCAAAGCGAGCUGCAGGAGCAGGUCUCAGCACAGGCAGAGAAGUCACCACACACAAUGGGAACAGAGAAGGCAGCUGCUGGACCUGCUGAGGUUCCAAAACAAGAGGUGCCACCAGCAUCACCCCUUCACACAACGGUCCUACAGGAAGAAGAUGCUGGGAAUGAUCAGUCGGGGACCGUCCUUGGAGGCAGCUCACUGGGGGAUGCAGCCAGCACACAGCCUCAAAGGCAGAGCCUGGGAGAACAGAGCAAAGAUGCUGAUCAAUGGAAGAAGAAGCAAGAGGUUGCAAGGAAAAUGAGCCAGGAAGGCGAGCCAAGUCCAGGGAAUGUUGCUGCAGAUGGGGGUUCUCCUAAAGCCCCCCCGGACCCAGAUCACCUUUACAACGUGCUGUUUGUUGGGGACUCCCAUGUGGGCAAAACAUCGUUCCUGUACAGGCUGCAAGCCAACACCUUCAACCCACACCUCACCACCACCGUAGGACUGGAUUAUCAGGUGAAAACCUUUGUUGUGGACAACAAGUGCUUUGCUCUCCGCCUGUGGGACUCAGCUGGUCAAGAAAGGUACCACAGCAUCACCAAGCAGUUCUUCCGGAAGGCGGAUGGGGUUGUGCUGAUGUACGAUAUCACAUCCGAGUAUUCCUUCUUGGACGUGCAGUACUGGCUGAGCUGCAUCCAGGAAGGAGCAGAAGAUGGAGUUGCUAUUCUGCUUCUUGGGAACAAAUCUGACUGUGCUGCAGAGAGACAGGUCCCUAUGGAGCAGGGGGAACGCCUGGCCAAGGAGCAUCAGCUCAUGUUUUAUGAAUGCAGUGCUGCCUCAGGCCACAACAUCUCUGAGUCCAUGGUCAGCUUGAUCAGGUUGCUCAAAGUUAAUGAGGAUAAACUGAAAAAUAAGGUAGAAGAGGUACCAAAGCUACCCCAGAAGAAAAAGAGCUGCUGCUGGUGAUGGAGAGACCCCCCCCAACCCCUCCAUGAUCUGAAACUGCAGUGACAGACAGAACAGCAUAAAAAUAGCCUUCAGACACCAUCUCUGCUCCCCAUGUGUCUGCCUGGCCUCAUGUCCCUCAGAUGCUGAGAGCAAAAGUCACUGUGGAGGAGUGGCUGUCACCCGGCCCCUUCCUUGCUCAUCUCCUGCCACCACCCCAGAGCACAGGAGCCCUUGAAAAUACUUGUUGGGAAACUUUACUGCUUUCCUUUGGAGACAAAAAAUGGGCUAUGGAAAGAGGCAGAAUAGGAAAUUACAUGGAUCCGAGAUGCUGGAAUGAUACUGGAGGCAGCAGGGAGCAAAACUGAAUCUUGGGAUGAAAGACAUGAAUACCAGGAGUCACCAAAGGCUGGUGUGUAAAACGGGAGUUUAAGGCUGUUGGUGCUGCUGUGUGGUGAUGUCUUUUGCUCUGGCUUCGCAAUCUGAUCUGGAACAAUGAAAUAUGGAAUAUAUCCUAAAUGCACUUUUAACUCCCUGAAGUUAGUUUUUCUCUUUCCUGGUUUAUUGUGCCAGUGAACAGUACUGGGUCUUGACAGAAAACUGCUAAAACCUGCUUAAAACAAAUGUAAAACCUCCAAGAACACGUCCAGGAUAACAGAAAGAGCACUGGGGUGGUGGGAUGGAUGAGCAGGUAAAUGCUUGCAGGAGGUCUUUUCAUUGCAUUGCCCCCAGAGCAGAUAUUUGCUCUCCAUGGGAGAGACCUGCAGGGCACAGAGGCAGGUGAGAGCAGACCUCCUUGGUUCUGCUGCUCACAGAAUUACCUCUUCAAAUGGGCCAGCUCUGUGUGAUACCCAAAAGUGCUCAGUGGAAACGAUGCUGAUUUCUGGAUGGGGAUGGACCAAGCUCAUGCUUGGAAAGAUCAGGGAUAUGAGCUUCUCCAGGUAGGGUACAACUCUGCAGUGAUGCAGGAACUGAUGAGUCAUUUUGAGAUGAGUUAUCUCCUCUGCUUGCCCCAUCUCAGUGUUACCUCUGUACUACUGAAGCUCUCAUCCCAUCCACUAAAUGUCUUCCCUCAGCUGCUCCUACCAAAAGCCAUCCUCCCUUGGCUCUGUUGUUAAAAGACUUUCUUAACGCAAUAUAUUUACACCCCCAUUCUAUAUCAGUCUUUACCAUAUUUCAUCAUUGAGAUAUUUUACUGAUGGAGCAGUGGGAGCAGCCUGAAGA